AUGAGACUCCUGGCUUUCUUGAGCCUGAUGGCCCUGGUGGCACUGGAGGCAGGGACAGCUUUUCUCCCAAAGGAGGAGAGGAAGAAGAGAGAAGAGCAGACACUCAGAGAAGGUGAUUUUUACCCAGCUCCACCCAUGGGGAACUAUGUCCUGAGCCCAGAAAACUACGGUGAGGUCUUUGACCUGAGUGAUUAUGAGCAGCUCACAGACUACGGAGACCAGCUCCCAGAGGAUAAGGUGACUAGCCUGGCUCCUUCAAACAGGAUCAGUCCCACCAAGAGCUCCACAGCUCCAAGGCUACCCUCUACAAACCCCCUGAUGACCAGGCCUACUACACUGGGCCUCCUGGGCUCCCUGGCCAACCACGGUCUGCCCACCUGUCUGGUCUGCGUGUGCCUUGGUUCCUCUGUGUACUGUGAUGACAUUGACCUAGAGGAACUUCCACCUCUCCCCCAGACAACUGCCUACCUGUAUGCCCGCUUCAACCGCAUCCGCCAUAUCAGGGCUGGAGCCUUUGAAGGGCUGACAAAACUGAAGAGGAUUGACCUCUCUAGCAACUCUAUCUCCUCCAUCGAUAACAACGCUUUCCGCAUGCUGCCCGCCCUUCGGGAUCUGAUCCUCCCAGGGAACCAGCUGGCGGCUCUGCCGGUGCUUCCUCGUGGCAUAGAGUUCCUAGAUGUCCGCCUGAAUCGGCUGCAGAGCUCAGGGAUACAGCGGGACACUUUCAGGGUGAUGGAGAAGCUGCAGUUCCUCUUCCUGGCAGACAACCUGCUGGAGUCCAUCCCCGGGCCUUUCCCCCUGAGCCUGCGCUUGCUGCACCUGCAGAAUAACAGGAUAGAGACCAUGCAGAGAGACACCUUCUGUGACCCCGAGGAGCACAGAUACACUCGCAGGCUGUUGGAAGACAUCCGCCUGGAUGGUAACCCGAUCAACCUCAGCUUCUUCCCCGGCGCCUACUUCUGCCUGCCUCGGCUCCCCAUAGGCCGCUUUACCUAGUGCUGACCCUGCCACUCAUCCCAGGUCAUCUUGGCCCAGCCAGCAUCACAGUCUCCAGCAGCUGCCUUCUCUGUCUU